AAUUGUGAGACGAAGUACAGUGCAGCACAGUCGGUAGGUCCCGGCUGCCAGCGUGGGAACAGCACAAGAGCGAUUCGGUCAAUCCAGAACUAGCUUCAGGCCUCAUCAACUUCAACGUUAACAAUCAUGGUAGCACCCCGGGGAACACGCACUUUCAUGCGUAACUGGUUUGCCAUCGAGGCAAUUCCUAUCUACGCCGUUAUUGGCUUGGCCGUCGGUGGUGCAGGCUGGUAUUUGACCCGUCUUGCUCGUGGUCCUACGGUCGUUUGGACGAAGAGUAACCCUACUCCCUGGAACGACGUCAAACAAGAUGAAAACACCAAAAUAAUGGAUGUCAACUCGAAGUUUGCAAAGAGCUGGUCGAGGGACAAGCUAUAACUUAAGCUCGCGUUGGAGGAGUGAUAUACCUUUCUUUCAGUCGUGCUCGUUGUCAUAUUACAGUUUCAAUUAUAUUUUGGAAUCUGUUUUCCUCUAUUCAUGGCAGUUUCAUGUGACCAGCGCAUGUAAUUUUCGGGCCGGAUAGUUUGUGGUCUUGGGACCGGUUAGUCAGUGUAAAAAGACAACAUGCAACGGAUUGCGAUUUUCUCAUUGGCC